AUGUUAAGUCCAAGCGUGAUAAGAAUUAGGAUAAUAGCCCAGGGGUACCGGUCGAUGGCGAAAAAUUCGACAAUCGAUCCGCUGGCUUCUAAGGAGCCGUCGAAAGCUCCAGAUUCUCCUGAAACGUCCCGAACCGUGGCAAAUCAAUUACCAUCUGUAUCUCCUACACAAUCGUCACCUCAAAGACAAUCCUCAAACGGGAACGUGUCUCCCGCUCAUAACAAUUCUGCAGACAGCGUAACUCCCCCGUUACCAGCGUCUGCGGCUUUAUCAGUUUCUUUGGAUUCGAGUCAAUCACAGCCAUACACGUUUGCCAAUUUCACGAAUUGUGUAACAAGGCCUUUGGUUAAAGUCAAAAGAUUUCUUAGCACCUUGGUCCAAUUCGGAUUGGAUAUAAAUACAGAUGUAGGCGAGAGGGUUCGAAGUUUAGUACUUAGUUUGGUGAGUUCGAAUCUGAGUAUAGAAGAAUUUCAUCAUUCCCUUCAAGAAGUCACUAAUUUCCCUUUGAGACCCUUUGUUCUUCCGUUUUUGAAAGCACAUCUACCACUAUUACAAAGGGAAAUUCAUGCCCUUUCUAGGGCUAAUAAACAGUCUCCUUUACAAUACGUAAGAACCCAUGAACAUAUGAUCCUAGAUCCAGCUUCUUCUCCUACAGAACCAUCUGAGAUCUUUUUGCCAAAUGACACUCCUGUAAGUACAGGCACCAAGAGGAGGAUGUCAGACUUGAUCUACGAGAACGGUUUGAACGGUCCACCUCAGCAAGAUUCGCUAGAUUAUGGACCAAUAAAACGACCCCUUACGUCGCAAAACGCCUUCCUCUUUUCUCAUCAAAGUUUGUUAUUACCUAAUAUAACCUCCGCAGUUCCCAAUCAUCACAUAUUCGACUAUUCGCAACAACAAGGACACGCUUACGCCCAACAGAGUCGCCAGGACGAAGACAUCAACAGAAACUUCAAUAAUAAUAACAACAUCAACAACAGAGGUGAUGAGGAAUGGAGAAACAUUCAUACGAUGCUCAAUUGUAUCCUUACCAUGGUAGAGAAAACGAAGAGAGCUCUAACAAUCCUUCAACAACGUAAUAAUCAAGACGCGACAAACGACUGGUUCCGAAGACAAGAUGUCAGUGUUGAUCUGAAGAAAGCAGCCAAUGAAAUAAUGUUGCAAGCUGUCAAACAAACCGAAGACAGAGUGGCUGAAGUGAAAAGGAAAGCCGAAGAAGCUGUGAACGAUGUCAAAAGGCAAGCUGUUAUCGAACUACAGAAGGCUGUAACUGCUGCUGAAGUUAAAGCUAACGAAAUUCUCGCUAGUGAAAGGGCCAAAAUGGAUAAACUAUUAACAGAAACGAAAAAAUCGGAGGAUCUUGCAACUCAUACGACAGAUUCUGCUGAAAACAAUCCGUCACCCCCGUCAAUCACCCAACCUGCUCCUUCGCAACAAAAUUCCUGUUGGAAUUGUGGAAGGAAAGCACAUGAGACAUGCUCGGGGUGUAAUACGGCAAGAUAUUGCGGAUCGUUUUGUCAACACAAAGAUUGGGAUAACCAUCAUCAGAUGUGUUCGAGAGAAAAAACGAGAUCCUUAAUAACUACGAUUAAUUCUUCGUCUUCUUCAACUUCUUCUACUACAACCACUCCAUCUAACGGCUGUACAACGGCCAUAAGUCAACAGCAAGUUACCCAAACCGACCAGCAAAUCAAAUUUAAAAAGUGACAUGCCAAUAAAAGAGAUGCCAAGACUGCAAAGUACCUAAAUGUGCAAUAAAAAUAGUACGACUUUACGUCUUUUCUAGUCCAUCAUAGUACCUACACAAUGUAAUUAUUAUUUAAAUAUUUAUUUACAUAUUACUAGUUUUUUUCCUAAAGUACCAAAAUAAUAUUUUUUUAUCAUUUUUGCGGCAGCUCAUAAUGAAG